GACCAAAAACCCCAUCCCUAAUAGCGUGGCACGAGAAUAAAAAUAAUAUAGGCAAUGCAGAAAAUAAAAGGGAAAACAAAGCCAAAACGGGAGCCUGCAGCCAUGGAAGUGGAGGAGAACGAGACGGAGGAGGAGGCGCCCCAGCCGGAGAAGGAGGAGGAGGAGCCCGCCUCCGAGGACGACGAUGAAAUGGACCUGGCCAACUUCAAAGUGGGUUCCACUUCGUCCGCAAGCGCCGCUCCCGCGAAGAAACGCAAGCGAGGCAUCAUCUACAUAUCCAAUAUUCCCAAGCACAUGAACGUGACGCGGCUGAGGGAAAUCCUGGCCGAGUACGGGACCAUUGGAAGGGUCUACCUGCAGCCGGAGAAGCUGUCAAGUGCCAAGGCCAAGAAGAACAAGCGCAAGCGCUACAACAUCCACUUCACCGAGGGCUGGGUGGAGUUCGAGUCGAAGCGGGUGGCCAAGCAGAUCGUUCCGCUGCUGAACAACAAGCAGAUCUCCACGCGCAAGAAGUCGCAGUUCUACGACUCGCUGUGGAGCAUGAAGUACCUGCCGCGCUUCAAGUGGGUCCAUCUCACCGAGCGGAUGAACUACGAGCAGGCGGUGCACAAGCAGCGCCUCCACACGGAGGUCUCGCAGGCCCGCAAGGAGACGACCUUCUUCCAGAACAAUCUCGACAAGAGCGAGUUCUUGAAGAAGCAGGCCAAGAAGGCCAGGAAGGCUGAGAGGGCUGAGAAAGAGGCUGAGUGA